AUGGAGUUCCUUGGGUUCAGCAUCUCCUUUCCCUACGCAGUCGCGGUUGCCGUCUGCCUAUAUGUUGUAGUUCAAUUCUUACAAGAUCGACGCCUCCGGGAAAUACCAGUCGUUGGAUACAGUUUCCCCAUCUUGAACUGGAUCACAGGCGCUCAAUUCAUCUUCAACGCUCGUGCACUCAUCCAGGAAGGGUACGAGAAGUAUCAGUCCGCCGGUCUAUUUCGAAUUGCGGUUCAUGACGGCUGGCUCAUAGUCGUGACAAGCCCACAACUGGUCGAUCAAGUGUGCCGUGCGCCAGAGGAUACGCUUCUCUUCGAGAAGGCCAUACAACAGACACUCCAAGUCGAUUAUACGCUCGGAGUCGAGUCCGUGACUGUGCCGUACCACGUCGACGUUGCGCGCAAUGCUCUCACGAGGAACCUGAACGCGCGCUUCGAUGACAUCUGGGAUGAAAUUCAGGCGGCUUUUCGAGAGGAGAUCGGAGCAGGAGAUGCAUGGAAGGAGAUACCUGCCGUUACCAAGAUCCAGCGUAUCGUCAGCCGUGUGAGCAAUCGGCUCUUCGUGAAUCUGCCCCUAUGCAGAGACCGCGACUGGAUGCAGCUCAAUAUCGACUAUACCAUAGAUGUCGCGCAAGGGGCGUCAGCUCUGAAAGUCACUCCCGCGCCUUUCAAGCCGCUCAUUAGCUGGCUACUUACCAAGCUUCGAGCACAGAGACGGCUUGCGAACAAACUCGUCGGCUCUGUAAUUCGUGAGCGGCUUCAUGAUUUCAACGAGGGAAGCGAGAAAUGGGAAGACCGACCCAAUGAUCUGAUCUCGUGGCUCAUCGAGGGAUGUCCGCCGGAGCUGCGCACGGUAUCAUCCCUCACGGAUCGACUCUUGACUGUCAACUUCGCUGCCAUCCAUACGUCGUCUAUCACAUUCUCAAACGCGGUCUAUAGGCUGGCUGAUAACCCUGAGUGGGCCGAGCCGAUGCGCGAGGAAGUUGAACGCGUCGUCGCGACAGACGGCUGGUCGAAGCUCUCACUCUCCAAGAUGCAUCGCGUCGACAGCUUUAUCCGAGAGACACAGCGCGUACAAGCCAUCUCGCUGCUUUCUCUCCAGCGUUGGACAAUGAAGCCAUUCACCUUCUCGAAUGGGGUUAAAGUGCCCGCGGGCUACCAGAUCACGAGCGCCUCAGAAAUGCUGCAGCACGACCCGGCGCAUCACGGCGAACACGCAGCGACGUUUGAUCCCUGGCGGUGGGCAACCAUCCGCGAGAACGAGUCUCAAGCCCUCAAGCACCAGAUGGUCGCAACAGCCCCCACGCUACUUCACUUUGGGCACGGCAAGCACGCAUGCCCAGGUCGUUUCUUCGCCGCGAACGAGCUGAAGGCUAUGCUCGCGCACCUCGUGCUAGAGUAUGACGUGCGCUUCAAGGCCGGAGAGAGCAGGCUCCCCAGUAUGGAGAUUGAGCACAACAUUCUCCCGCCACAGAUGCACAUUGAGAUUCGGAAGCGGCAGAAGACAGGUUGA